AGGGGUUUCAGAGUUAUCCCGUGAUUCCGUGCGCGCCGCCAUGUUGGUUGUCAUUCGCGUCCCCAGCAACCAUAGCGUCACUAGCAACUAUCGUCUACGCAUACGUCUGUCUGCUUCAGUCCGUCAUCUAACCAUCUGUCAUGGAGAAUUAUGCAAACUUACUGGAUAAAGCAUCUCGCAUACGAUAUAUCGAGAAGACUAUUGUGAUAGACAACGAAGUUCCGUACAGGAUUCCCAGAUCGGAUUGGAGUGACGACCACAAGUAUUUGCCGGCAACAAACUAUGUCGACAUCGUGAACUAUCUGGUGUUCAGCCCUAGUCCUUUUUAUAGUUUAUCCGAUAUGAGAAACUAUAGGAGUCUGGAAGCAUAUGACAGAUUUGUGUGUGGUUGGGUACGAGACAUCGUCUCAUAUGUGCAUUUAUCCGUCCAAGAUGGAAAGGCCAUUCAUGUCGUGAUGUCAAAAGUUAUGCAUUCCCAGCGCUUGAACGAAGCUCCAUUGCAGCCCUGGUUUAUCACUGAUGACGCUGGCACAGUUUUAUCAGCUCAUUGUAACUGUAUGGCGGGUUUGGGUGAAUCAUGCUCACAUGUGGCAAGUAUGAUGUUUGCUGUUGAAGCUAUUGUGAGAUUAAGAGAAACCGCCACUGUCACACAGCAACCUGCAUACUGGAAACUUCCAGCUUCUCUUAAAAAGGUUAACUAUGCAUGUCUAAGAAAGAUUGAUUUCACCUCAUCAAAGACUUUGAAAAAGAAACUUGACCUGUUAAUUGAGGGUUCUACGACAUGUUCGACUUCAUCAAGUGCUAAACAUAUCAAGAAGUUAAAACCUGCAUCUACCCAGAGGAGGUUUCAGCAGUGGAAGCAGCAACAAGAAACCAAGCGUGUUCCCCAGUUUGGUUUCAGUUCAGGGCUGGCCGUAUAA